UUUUGUUUCAUGCUGGAGAUCGAAUGUUCACGUGACGUUGUUCUUAUAAAUUGAGGUCAUUCUCGCCUGUGGCAUUUUAUUUCAUACAACCAUGAGGUGGUUGUCGCGUGUUGUAUUGUUUUUGGUGCUGUUGAGCGGUUUUGUAAAGGGUCGCAACGAUGAAUAUGCAGGUGACAUUUAUGACCCAUUGUUUGGGUUCGACCUACUCGAUGGGGAUGUUGACGAGAGAGACGUCAGUUCGAAAUGGGAUCGAAGACGGCUGCGUCAUGACCGCAAAACAAUCGUGAAAGAUGAACUGGAACAACUGUUGGAUUCUCUUUAUAAAUCAGAACCUAAAGAGUUGAAGAAAGGACUUGAUGUCGGUUCAAAUAUCGUAAACUCUGCUGGUAACUUCAUGUCGCACGAUGAGAGCGAUAGAUUUUUUCCAUCGAGUCAAUAUUUCGAGGAUCGUAGCACGGAUGACAUCGAUGCAUUGUUUCCAUCGAGUCAGUAUUUUGGGGAUCGUAGUUUAGAUGACCGCGAUGUACUUCCAUCGAGUCAACAUAUCGAGGAUCGUAGUUUAGAUGACCGCGAUGUACUUCCAUCGAGUCAACAUAUCGAGGAUCGUAGUUUAGAUGACCGCGAUGUACUUCCAUCGAGUCAAUAUUUUGGGGAUCAUAGUUUAGAUGACCGUGAUGUACUUCCAUCGAGUCAAUAUUUUGGGGAUCAUAGUUUAGAUGACCGCGAUGUAUUUCCAUCGAGUGAAUAUUUUGAGGAUCGUAGUUUCGAUGACCGCGAUGCAUUGCUGUUCUCGGCGUCAGGUGAUUUACCAAUUGUGAAACGUAGUUUGAAUAACGUUCAUGUAUCGCCGUCAAGUCUGCAGAUGACGGGAACACCCUCUACAAGCAGAGCGGCUCUAACCGGCUCCCACGCUUCAUCUAACAAGCUGAUGCCGUCUAGUUCACGACCUCCAGUAUUCCACAGCAUUCAGCCCAGUCGUACAGUCUCGGGCGUCACCGCAUCUACCCAUCAGCAUUCUCUUCACGUAUCUCACAGCGGCAGAUUUAGAUCGGUUUCCAAUAUUCACAGGAGUCGCGGUGCAACAUUUACAUCGGCAACACCGUCGCUGCCGUCACACCACGCUUCUGUUCCAACCAUAACCACAAGCGCUUUAGCACACUGGCCAUCGGUAACUGGUAGCGUGGCCUUUCCACCGACUCGUUAUUCUGAUGCGGUGGGAUCAAAAUUGUCAACGCAUUUUCCACACCAAGGAUCGAAGUCGACUUUUGAUACAGAUUACACACAUUGGCCCAUGACGUCAAAUGAAUGGCCUUCUCCUCACUAUCCGACAACUUCAUACUUAUUCCCGACGGCUACAGAUUGGGAAAUGCCGUCAACGAUGAUGCCAGACCACUCGCCGAAGGCCUGCUUUGACUUCCCUAGGCUAAUGGUGAAGUAUCUUGCUGGUUUUCCAAAAAUCGACAAGGUGAACGAACAUCCCAACAUAACAAAACACAGCUUUCAUGACGACGUUAAGAAGUCGUUGGAGAUCUUUGCUAUCAUGAAGGACCCGAAAAUGGCGGCCAAGGAACUAGUUCUUAUGAUGUCGGAGAGGAUAAUUCGAGAGAUGUCGCACUGCCCCUCAUCCGUGGUCAACAGAAUAGUAGUGUAUGCCAUGAGUAGAGCGUUUCAGAACCACGUCAUGCAGGAAUGGAGACUGCACAACCUCACCAUCACUUUGUCCAGAUUUGUGCCGAAGCCACUCUUCGUGGCGAGAAAGUUGGUAACGGCGCUGCACAAAACCAUGACAGAAUCUUUGAUGAAACCAGUCCAAUUGGACGUGUUCCAAGAAGUGAACAGGUUUGUGAUGCAACUUUACCACGACUUGGUAAAUGCCUUUCACCAAAGUGCCAUGCAAGAGCAGAAGAUAAAACGUAUCGUAAAACAGAACUUCUUCACGAGUACAUUGCCGACAUUGUUACAUUGUAAGAGUGCAAACGACAUGAAAAGGCUGUAUUUGCUAAAUGAAGAUCUUCAAUCAAGAAGACUUGAUGAUGGUGAAAUUCUGAAUGUUCUAAUUCACAUCGUAAAGCAUCCCGGAUUGCACACCCCGCCAUCCAGAGCUGUCCAAUUGACGUCUGCUAUUCGUCCAUUGGUGAAGCAGGUUUUUCUGAUGUACAAAAACAUUUUGGAGUCGGCAAUUAAUGGGAAUCUCAAAGAUAUCAACCGCUUUGGCAAUGUUCUCGAUGAAUAUCAGUUGGGCGUUUUCAAGAUGUUGCUGACUAAGUUCGGCUGGAUAUCCACAACGGGAAUUUCAACUGAAAAUGAAGCCAAGAAUCUUGUAGAGUUGGAAUACCAGGAUAUAAACACUCUGAAAAGCAUUGCGGACGACAUAAAGGUCAAAGACGUCAUACAUAACCUGACUGUAAUACGUAGCAGGUUGACUUCCCUCGUCAACAGAAAGUGUGAACGCGCGAAAACCCGUGGGUCCACGCUUCACCCGGUAUGCACAGCAGUUAACCCGUGACGCAGCAGGGUGUGGAAUAAAUGUUUAUAAUUAAAACAAAAAAA